AACUUUUUUGUGCUGCACCGGGAAGAGAAUUGUUUACAUACAACUUGCUGAUUUGGGGCGAAAUAGUUUUUUGAUCAAUCCUAUUGUAUGUGAAAGUUAAUUUUCUGAUCAGUAUGAAGGCUCACAUCGAGGUUCGGUUGUAUAAGUCACAUUACUGAUCUGUACUCCGACAGUGUGCAGGCGCAGUGAGAUUCGGUCGAGCAGGUACGGCGUGGAAGUUACACAGAGGCGUCGGCUGUGGACACUCAGCGGGACACAUGGCAGAGGAAGGCAUCAAGCUGACACUGAGGCGCCUGGAGGGACCCAUCAACAAGUUCAUUAAAGUAGCUCUGCCCACGGACCUGGAGAGGCUGCAGAAACACCACAGUAACAUACUGAAGUAUCAACAGGGCCAGCAGUGGGAGCGCCUCCAUCAGGAGCAAAUAAAUGCCAGCAGAACUGUUCAGCAACUGAGAGCCAACAUGAGAGAGAUGGAGCAGCUGUGCAGCCGGGUCCGAUCUGAAGACGCCGAAGCUCUGGAGGAGCUUGUAAAGCCGGUCAGGGAGAGAGCGUCAGCCGCAGCGCAGGACUUCCUGCUCCUGCACUCCAACCCGCCCCCACCGGUCCCCGCGGCGCCGCCGGACACUCGGCCCUCCGUCAGUCGGUCCAGCAGCUGCCACGACCUGGAGGAGGAAGACGAGGAGCCGCUGUCGGACCUGCAGAUUCAACUCCGGCUUCCAGAAAUCCCGGCCGAUCAGAAUGCGUCCGAGUCCUGGGAUCAUCUGGAAGAGGACCUGAAGGAACUGAGCGGCUUGGUGACGGAGUUCUCCCUGCUUGUCCAUUCCCAGCAGGAGAAGAUUGACAGCAUAGAGGACAACGUCAACACAGCCGCGGCCAACGUGGAGGAGGGGACCAAGAGCCUGGGGAAGGCGGCGGGCUACAAGCUGGCGGUGCUGCCGGUCGCCGGGGCGCUGCUGGGCGGCGUGCUGGGAGGCCCUCUCGGCCUGCUGGCCGGGUUCAAAGCUGCUGGGGUGGCUGCUGCUGUGGGAGGGGGCGCCCUGGGCUUCGCGGGUGGCAGCCUGGUCCGAAAACACCGCCGAGCUCAAGUGGACCAGCAGAUGAAGCGACUGACGGCGCCGCUGGCGGAAGAACUGGAGAAAAAUAAGGACAAGUGAAGCUCUUCUGUGUGGACGGACUGACCUGGACCUGUGGGUCUGAGGAGACUCAGCGCUAGACAAUGUGUGCACUUUGUUAAACAGAUGUUUAAAAACUGCCUUAAUUACGACCUGCAGUCCUGCUGGUUCUGCAUCAGGACGACUCCGACACUUUGAUCGUUUUGAUGGUUUACGUUUACCCAGAAAACAUCCAAUGCAAUGACUUCCUAAAAGCAUGAAAAGGAGCACAAAUUCAAACUUUUCUCCAUACACACACACACGCACACAGGCUCAAAUAUAUACAUACACCUCCACUAAAAUUUAGAAAUUUUUUUAAAACCACAGCUGGAGUGUCCAAAAUGCCCCUCCUGACCUCUGACCCCAUUUGGACAACAACAUUUCCUUACAGUGGGAGAUGUUACAUACAACAUAAAGUAUUAAAGUGUAGUAGUAGUCGACAACCUUUUACUGAAAAGUCGACUUUGCUGCAGCCAAAUCAGCUGCUUUUAACUAAUUUAUUAAACUUGGCUAAAUAUAGUGAGCGUUUUGAUGGAAAGUGAUCCAAAUCCUGUUCUUAUACUCGAGAAUAGAUUUUUUCAUUCAAGCCAAAGGUUUUUAAAAAGUAGAUGCCUUUCUUUUAAGACAACAAAGGCACAAAAUCCUUUCUGUGUUUUUGAUCUACGAUAAAGUUUCUGCCAAACAAAA